GGAGGUCACUGCGGGCGCUGAGGGGUGGCGGCGGGAAGCGGAGCGGCAGCCGGGGUGAGGGCCGAGCCGAGCCGGGUCCCUGUGCCCGGCCGCUGGCGUGCUUCUCCCGGGGCCCUCUGGCCAUCCUCCCCGGGGGCGGCGGUGGGGCCCUCGGGGCUGUGCUGGCCCCGGGGUGAGCCCGCUCUCCUUCCCGCCCAGGGCCGAGCAGGGGAAGAGGAGCUCGGUUUCCUGAGGUAGAUAUUUUUGCCUUGGCCCCGCUCUCCAGAGGAAGGUCUCUUGCUUGCUGUUGGACUUCGACAGACCUAAUCUGUGAAGAUAAUUAAAGUUCCUUUGCUCUGAAUGCUCUAAAAAACUUCAUAAUGACCCCACUACCGAAUGCUGAAUUAGUUCAGAACUCUUUGCAGUUAUAUCGUUACCUGCUUCGAUGCUGUAAGCAACUUCCUGAAGAGAAUAUUCGUCAGCAUUACAGACAUGCAGUCAGGCAGAGUUUCAAAGUUCAUGCCGAUGAAGACAAUCCUGAGCGAAUCCAGCAGAUUAUUAAGAGAGCCAUUGAAGAUGCUGACUGGGUCAUGAAUAAAUAUAAAAGACAGAAGUAGAAGAGGAACAAUGAAGACAAGAAUGUAAUUGGUAAACAUCCUUAGAGGACUUGCAGUCAAGCCCAGUAAUAUAUUGUAGUUAUUGCCUGGAGUUUUCUCUUAGAUAAUACAAAUACAAUAAUUUAUAUCUUAUUGGGAUGUCAUGAAGCUAAAUGAAUAUUUCUGAAGCUACUUGAGUCUGUAGAUUAACAGUCACAGUCUAGGUUCAAAGUGUUAGCUUGCGUAAUCACAAACUUUAGCUUAAAGCCCAAACUUGUCUAAGCUUUGAGUAACACAGAGAGCUUCUCAGGAAAACUUACUGAAAAUAAAAAUCUACAAAGUCAUUACCAAAUAAUAAAUAGUGCCCUGUCUGUC